AUGACGACAAGAACUUCUCAGCCGCUUGCGGCACAGCCAUCUUCCCAGAACUUCACGACACAAGCCAAUAGCCAAGAGCCUACUCCUCCUGCUGCGCCGACAAAACGAGAUCUUGCAUCAUGGUGGAAGAAUUUUAAGCGCAAUACAAAGAAGGAUGAUGACAAUAAAGGACCACAACCCGGCGGGAUCUUUGGCGUUCCGCUCAACGUCAGCAUAAAAUAUGCCAAUGUCGCCAUCUCCCUCACUAACGACAAGGGUGAGAGCUUUAUAUACGGCUAUGUGCCAAUCGUUGUCGCGAAGUGCGGUGUUUUCCUCAAAGAUCAAGCAACCGAGGUUGAGGGUAUCUUCCGUCUGAGCGGCUCCGCGCGACGUAUCAAAGAAUUACAAGAAAUAUUCGACUCGCCCGAACGAUACGGCAAAGGACUGGAUUGGACAGGGUAUACUGUGCACGAUGCUGCAAAUAUUCUAAGGCGGUAUUUGAACCAGCUACCGGAACCUAUAGUCCCUCUCGACUUUUAUGAAGCCUUCCGUGAACCCAUUCGAAACCAUCAACGACAGGCCGUCGGCAGCACAGAGGCGGUUGAUAUUGGUGAUUUUGACUAUGAGAAAGCCGUCGCUACAUACCAGCAGCUUAUUCGUGAACUUCCUCCACUCAACAAGCAACUGCUUCUUUACAUCCUCGACCUUUUGGCCGUUUUCGCAUCAAAGUCCGACAAGAAUCGCAUGACUUCGAAUAACUUGUCUGCUAUCUUUCAACCUGGGUUGUUAUCACACCCUGUCCAUGACAUGGCACCUUUGGAGUAUAGGCUUAGCCAAGAUGUGUUGAUCUUUUUGAUCGAAAACCAAGACCACUUUUUGUUUGGCAUGAACGGCACAGCAGCUGACCCCCAGACUGUCAAGGAGUUCUCGAAUACAACAGCAGCCACCCCAGGUACGCCUUCACGAUCCUCGGGAAUCCGUCGCUCUGCUUCAAACGCCAGUGGAGGUGCGGAUAGUCUUAGGAAGUACGAGACUCUCCGUCGCAAUGUGUCUGUAUCGUCUCGCAAUUCCGGCAACACUCAAAGCCCUGGCACCCCAACAUCGACUGUCAGCACUGUGAAACGCAGCAACACUGUACCCUCGAAGAGGUCACCUGGCCUGGUAACCCCGAGAUUAGGUCGACCAGGAGAGUCAGGUUCUUCCUCUUCGGCAGGUUUGACAUCUGCGGCUGAAGUAAAUCACAACCUCCCAUCUGAAAGUCGUUCGCCUGCGGUUGAGAAGGCCAAUGAAGCACCCAAGCCAGCAACGCAGCCACCCUUUGAAAAAGGCUCGGCUGAAGCUUCGCAAUUCUUAGAAGCCCAAUCCACUAUAGCGUCGCCACCUGCUCCCCUUCUCACACCCACCAAAGAGCGCAAGAUAUCAAGCUUCUUUGCCAAGUCUCCUCCUACAUCUGAGAACAAGGAGCCUCGCCAGCCCAACCGUUUGAAAAAGAAGCGGAUACCCGGGAGUGCCAAUGUUAGUGCUCAAAGCUCCAGUAACUCAUUGAGUGCUGCUACUUCCAAUGAAUCAGCGCACUUUACGUCGAUAUCACAAGCGGCGACUCCGGUAGCAGCGGUUCCAAAUGAGGGUAUUUCUACUAUUCCUGAAAUCCAAAGCAAUUCAGUUGGCCUCCCAGAGGGUGUGAAUAGUUACCAUCAACACCAGCCAUCUGAAAGCACACUCAAGCCCAACCGUUCUCGGACCCCAUCUAUGCAUUCCAAAUCGUCAUACACUGAUCAGUCAGAUUAUGAUCAAUACGAAGAUGUAUCAAGGUCAGAGAAGAGGGACAAUCGGCGCAGUUGGCGUUUCCCGCUUGGGAGAUACAAUUAUGGACAACAAACUUCAUCGCCGCCAAUGGUUGGAUCAAAUUCGGGAGCUGAGUUUAGUACUAGCUCGAUCGGUAGUUUGAGUGCGCAAGGGCAAAGCUUCACCAACGAGUCCUAUAAUCCUAGUACCGACGUCACCUCGGUACCAGAUAACGAAGUCGGGCGGUCCGGCACUACUACUCGUGAAGGUGCCCCCGGGGUGUCUUCAGAUAACGAGAAGCUCAGUCUGUUUGACAAGAUCAAGGCAAAGGUUGCGCCCAAAAAGGACGGCAGUGAACGAGCCAAGAGCCCACCCGACUCGCAAUCUAAUGCAGUCGCCUCAAGUCGAACGCAAAUCGAGCAGCCAAAGGAGACCGAACCACGUAGUGAGCAAGCACAGCAACCAGAUCUACAAGCACAGCGGCAAUCGCCCCUUCAACCGACAGUGGUAAUCCAGCCAGAAGGCGCCCCACCCUCGCAGCCCACAACUGACCCGAAGUAAAUAAAUCGCAAUCAUUCAUUUUGCAGGAAUGAAUAGAUGAAACCGUCGGAUUUGCAGGAUUAGGAAUGGAAAAGUUUUUGCCUUAUACCCCCCUUGUCAUUCACCCAUUAGCCUCAUGUCGUCUUUGCUCCCAUCAUGUUCGUUAUGCCCUUCUGUCCAUUUUCAUACCCGUGUCGGCCUUCCAACUGUCACGUUGAAACGAUACCUUUUGCUAUCAUAUUGAUUUUUCUAGCGAUUAUGUCGGAGUCGAUUUUUCUUAACUUCUUUUCAUCUCUUCUCUCUUGGCGGUUCUUCUAGCUUGAAGCGGCUUACCUGAUUAUCUUCUUUUUCUUUUCUUAUCUAUUAUUAUUACUAUUUUUUUCAUUAUUCCCUUGGUAUCGAACGGGUCUAUGGUUUAGGAGGACUUGAAUCAAUGAAUGAAUGAAUG